AUGAAUGGAACAACUUCUGAGAAGGCAGCAUCGAGCCUGUCGUCUGAUCUCCACGCCACACUGAGCUGUCACCCGGGCGCCAAAGAUUUGCCGACGCUGCCAAAGUCCUCUGCCAUGGGGUUCUACAGCGGCCAGACGACGCACAGCCACCACGACAACUACCCCAGCCACGGCCAGUCCUACUCGCAACCAAUGAAGCCAUACUCGUAUCAUCACCACUACAAUAUCCAUGGGAUGGCGCUCUCGGGAGCCUACAUUGCCAACUCGGAAUACCCUUAUCCCCACACGCAAUACGCUCAUUAUACCCGGGACAUACAGUCACAUCUCCAAGAUAUCGGUAAGAUUUACGCAUGAGACGCGAGGCCAUUUUUGGUGAAUAAAGGGUUGUCUAGAAGUUAUGUUUAUUAAUAUUUUGUUUCGACGUGUCAAUGUUGCCCAAGUUAAAUUAACCAUCCAAAACGCGUAUGUUAUCGCUUAUCGACAACGAGGACCAAACUUUAUGCCACAGAAUUUAGAUUGGGAUAUUUAAAAUUCUAUAAAUAGAAUUUACAUUUGGUCAGCCUAAUUGGUCUUAGGCAUUACUUUGGGGGUUGGGGGUCUUGGGAGUUCAACGGUUUUGAAAAUAGUGUAAAUUAGCUUACUUCUGAUUUGGAAUAAUUUAUCAACUAAAUUAGGCCUAACUUUACCUUUAUACAUGUGAAACCAUGUGGUUUUGGAACACUUUACAUGUGAUGAUAUUUCACAUGAAGUUUCACAUGGAUUAAAAAAAAAUCACAAAAUGACCUGCGAACAAAACGUAAUUAUAUAUGAUGUCCACGGAAAGUCACGAAAUAGCCACAGUUUUUUUCACUUAGCUACAUACAGUAUUUUACGUACAUUAUUACAUUGUGUAUGUUUAUUUCUACAGUAAUUAUUAUUCAACAUGUCCUCAUGUGGGAUAUGAACUCACAACCUCUUGGUUCACUGCAUUCAGAACUUCCUGCUAUGCCACCAUGUCUGUGUCAAGGAUUGAUUUCACCUAUAUUCCUACAUUGGACUUAAAAGUAAAUCUCAGCUUUGUAUAAUACACUCAAGAAAAACUUAUGUUUAUCAUAGUGAUUCAGGAGUAACAUUAAAACAGAAUAAUAUGCCCCACCAACAUUAGACAACUAUACAGAAAACCCUCAAAAUGCUGCGAUAAGUAAACAAAAUCAGUGAUGAGAGAAUAGUCAGAUUAAUUCCUAGCAGAUGUCAGUAUUUUGCUAAGUGCAGAGAUGUAUUAUGGUAAUUACUCUGUAGGGGACUUUGUGGCGCAGCAGAAAGAGCAGCAAAUCCAGAGGUUGUGAGUUCAAAUUCAAUCUGGGGUCAUAUUGAAAGUCAGUACUAAGUAAUCAUGUCAAAUGUAAUCAUAUUGAUUAAAGAUUUAUACACUUUUUUUUAUUACACAUUUUAGCUUAACAAUGUACUAUUUACAUUAAAGUUAGAACCCUUAAUUGAAACUGUAACAAAGCUGGUACCCUGCCUGUGUUUUGGUAAAAAGCUGAGAGAUGGGCCUGGAUAAAUGUAACCACUCUCAAAUUCAUAGACGGAGCUAUUGAUCCAUGAUAUCACAAUUAUAGUUUUAACCAUGUUUUGAGGCUUUACAUUGUUUACAAACAUUGGCGUAAAACAAAAUUGUAUUUUGGGUUCUGAUGGGGUACAACAGUUGAUCUAAGCUCGUGAGGCAUUUAUAAGGUCUAUUAUUCAAGAAUCAAUGGGUAUAUAUCAUUAAUUGAUCAUUAAUUGAUCAUUAAUGUCCCAAAAUGUAUGUAGCAACUAUGGAUUCCAGAUUUAACAUCCCCAUACCAUUUAUUUACUUCCCUUACAAAAAAACAUGUGACAUUUGCAGUUUCACAUGUGAAAUAACUGUUUUCACAUGUUGAUCUGAAAUGUUCACAUGUGAAAACAAGAGACAAGUGAGGUCAGAUGUUCAAAUGUGAAAUAUGUUCACAGGUAUUCAAUAUAGAGUUCACAUGUUAACACCACCUUUUCACAUGUGAGGAGAAUAAUGUUUUCACUUCACAUGUGAAUUGCAGAUUCACAUGUGACAUUUGCAGUUUCACAUGUGAAAAACGUUCACAUGUGGUCACGUGUAGUUUCAUCUUAUCACGUGUUGCUUUUACAUGUUUCACAUGUUAUCACAUUAACUUCACAUUAGAUCACAUGUGAUCACAAUUUUUUUUUUGAGUAGGCCUAGGCCUAUAGACAAUAUGUCAAGAAUUCAGAAUAUAUUUUUUGCUAUUCUGCAUUCUUGGCUGCAAAGCUAACAAUGUGAUAUUUGUCAACAUUUACAUUAAAAUAAAAACAGCUAUAGCCUACCCCAUUUGUAUUUUUGUCAAAAAUGAAUAAAGGUACCAAACAGUCAUUCUGAUUCCCAUGUAAAAUACACUUUUGAGUGACUAAAAUAUCACUCAUAUUAUUCGUUUGAGAAUAGUAUUUUUCUCUCUCAUGGCUAACCACAAGGAAGUUUGAAAAGACAAGCUGAGUGGGCGGGGAGCUUAUAUUCAUGAGCUCGCCUUGACUGACUGCUCUUUGAAACGCCUAUGUCAAGCAACAUGGUUGCAGUGAGCAGUGUUGCAGUAAAAUCAUCUCAAGCAAAUUUGGUGAAACACAAAGCAACUCAAACAACAUUGACAUUGCAUCAAUGAUGUCAAAAAUGUUUCAUACAUCUCCCGUUUGGCAUGUCUCUUUGUGAUGCGGUGCACAGCAGCACUGACGGAUGUGUUGACUUGACAACUGCGUCAGUGUUUUGAACAACCCUUCCCCCACUUUUGUUCCAUGCUGGCUGAAGACCUAGCUAACCAGUAACUAGCUAACACUAGACACAGAUGAAAGUGGAAACAUAAAAGUAUCUUUGCCAUAGAUUAAUAUGGUAAACUUUUAAUUACAUUUGCUGAUACCCUACCAUCCAAUUUUGGCACAGUAGAGUAGCUACAGUUAAAGUUGGAAGUUUACAUACACUUAGGUUGGAGUCAUUAAAACUCGUUUUUCAACCUCUCCACACAUUUCUUGUUAACAAACUAUAAUUUUGGCAAGUCGGUUAGGACAUCUACUUUGUGCAUGACACAAGUAAUUUUUUCAACAAUUGUUUACAGACAGAUAAUUCACUUAUAAUUCACUGUAUCACAAUUCCAGUGGGUCAGAAGUUUACAUACACUAAGUUGACUGUGCCUUUAAACAGCUUGGAAAAUUCCAGAAAAUGAUGUCAUGGCUUUAGAAGCUUCUGAUAGGCUAAUUGACAUCAUUUGAGUCAAUUGGAGGUGUACCUGUGGAUGUAUUUCAAGGCCUACCUUCAAACUCAGUGCCUCUUUCCUUGACAUCAUGGGAAAAUCAAAAGAAAUCAGCCAAAACCUCAGAAAGAAAAUUGUAGACCUCCACAAGUCUGGUUCAUCCUUGGGAACACAUUUCCAAGUGCCUGAAGGUACCACGUUCAUCUGUACAAACAAUAGUAUGCAAGUAUAAACACCUUGGGACCAUGCAGCCGUCAUACCGCUCAGGAAGGAGACGCGUUCUGUCUCCUAGAGAUGAACAUACUUUGGUGCGAAAAGUGCAAAUCAAUCCCAGAACAACAGCAAAGGACCUUGUGAAGAUGCUGGAGGAAACGGGUACAAAAGUAUCUAUAUCCACAGUAAAACAAGUCCUAUAUCGACAUAACCUGAAAGGCCGCUCAGCAAGGAAGAAGCCACUGCUCCAAAACCGCCAUAAAAAAGCCAGACUACGGUUUGCAACUGCACAUGGGGACAAAGAUCGUACUUUUUGGAGAAAUGUCCUCUGGUCUGAUGAAACAAAAAUAGAACUGUUUGGCCAUUAUGACCAUCGUUAUGUUUGGAGGAAAAAGGGGGUUGUUUGCAAGCCGAAGAACACCAUCCCAACCGUGAAGCACAGGGGUGGCAGCAUCAUGCUGUGGGGGUUCUUUGCUUCAGGAGGGACUGGUGCACUUCACAAAAUAGAUGGCAUCAUGAGGAAGGAAAAUUAUGUGGAUAUAUUGAAGCAACAUCUAAAGACAUCAGUCAGGAAGUUAAAGCUUGAUCGCAAAUGGGUCUUUCAAAUGGACAAUGACCCCAAGCAUACUUCCAAAGUUGUGGUAAAAUGGCUUAAGGACAACAAAGUCAAUGUAUUUGGAGUGGCCAUCACAAAGCCCUGACCUCAAUCCUAUAGAACAUUUGUGGGCAGAACUGAAAAAGCGUGUGCGAGCAAGGAGGCCUACAAACCUGACUCAAUUACACCAGCUCUGUCAGGAGGAUUGGGCCAAAAUUCACCCAACUUAUUGUGGGAAGCUUGUGGAAGGCUACCCAAAACGUUUGACCCAAGUUAAACAAUUUAAAGGCAAUGCUACCAAAUACCAAUUAAGUGUAUGUAAACUUCUGACCCACUGGGAAUGUGAUGAAAUAAAUAAAAGCUGAAAGAAAUAAUUAUCUCUAGUAUUAUUCUGACAUUUCACACUCUUAAAAUAAAAUGGUGAUCCAAACUGACCUAAGACAGGGAAUUUUUUACUAGGAUUAAAUGUCAGGAAUUGUGAAAAUCUGAGUUUAAAUGUAUUUGGCUAAGGUGUAUGUAAACUUCCGACUUCAACAGUAUCUAUCUAUAUAAACCAUGCCCCUUUGCAAACACGCCUUCUCUGAUGUUGGUUACAAGGCGGUACUUAUUUAAAUUAGGUAAGAGAAAAUUAAGGUGAUGAUACCCUAUCGACUCAAUAAUCCUGCCUCCUGAAUCCAAGUGGUUGACACGGGGGAGGGGACCAGUAACUUUAUGAUCAAACUUUAUCAAUGUAGAAGCAACAGUCAUACAUUUCAUACAUUUGUCAUCAAACUUUGAUCUGGUUUCAUCCAAAUAUCAUGACAUUUCAUGAAAAGCAUGAUUUUGACUGUUAAUGACGUUUAAGAUGAGCUCCCAGGGAAUAGUGUAUUAUAUAAGUUUUAGCCUACAAUUCAAAUGCCCCAUUAGGCCUAGUCUACUUCGAUCGUUUUGCAAUAACACACUAUGCUAUAAAGCUCUUCAAUAAUAUAAAUUGUUCAUAUGGCCUAGAAUGCAAAUUAAAAUGUAGCCUAUUCUAUAAAUGCAAAAGGUUUCUUUAUAUUUUGCAAAAUUGGUUUUUGCAAAGCAGCUGAAACCUUCACAUUUGAGAGAGAACUGCUAUUGUGUUUGUGUUGUCAUUGGUAAUUUUUGUGUUGUUAACAAUGUUUAGGUAUCUAGGCCCUAUAACAUACCAUUUGGCUGCUGGCAUUGGCAUUCCAGGAAGAAUCUUUCUCUUUGAAUUGGCCCGGAGACACACAUCAGGUGUCACGACAUGUCAUUCUGGCACGCAUUGCUUUUUGGCUCAAUAGCCUGUCUUAGAGUUUUGACUUGAUCACUGCAUGUGAAAACACCCCAAACAAUACAUGAAGGCUAUAUAGCCUAUAUACUCAAUGCACCAAUCAUUCUCUCUCAUUAGUGGCAUAUCCCAUAAUAAUGUGAGGGGCAUUGGAAUCUCUUGGACAGAGACAUUUUGUGCACCAAACCCUGCUUAGGCUAUUGAGUAAAGCAUAUUUCAGAACUGGUAAAAAAAAAUGUUUUAAUUGAUGUUGACUAAUGAAAUAUAUAUAAUCAAUUAAUUCAUCUGUUAUCAUAAUACUUUUAAUUAAUCUGUUAUCAUAAUACUUUUUUUCUGUAGGCAUAGGCCUACUGUUUAAGCCCUCUGUAGGCCUACUGUAAAUGUAUGAGCCCCUCAAGUCCUUUAGCCAACUAAUGCUCUGUUGUUAUUUUUCAGAGGAACCAGAGCCUGAGGUGAGAAUGGUCAAUGGAAAGCCUAGAAAAAUCAGAAAACCUCGCACUAUAUAUUCUAGUUACCAGCUCGCUGCGUUGCAACAUCGCUUCCAGGGAGCUCAGUAUUUGUCUCUUCCUGAGAGAGCCGAACUAGCGGCUCAACUUGGCGUGACACAAACACAGGUGAGGAAGCCAAUAGGCCACACAUACCACUGUUAUGACACGCUGUUGAGAGGUUUAUACCUCUAUGAUCUAUGUUCAUUUAUCUAAUAAAACCAUGAACUAUACUGGCAUCUAUUUUGCAUACGUUAGGUCUACACCUAGUGAAUCAUCUAAGACGUUACAGGUUUUGUUAUCGCUUUCUAUUUUCACAAGUAUGUGGUACAUUUUUACAACUCUUAGUACAAAACUCAAAACAGAUCAUCAAAAAGGCAGUUGUUUUAAAACUCUAAGCACAUGUUAAAUUGACUUAGUACAAAACACAAAAUGAUACAGUCACUUUUUCACCAAAUGUAAUCAGUGUUUCAUCUAGAAAUACAGUGCCUUGCAAAAGUAUUCAUCCCCCUUGGCGUUUUUCCUAUUUUGUUGCAUUACAUCUUGUAAUUUAAAUUGAUGUUUAUUUGGAUUUUAUGUAAUGGACAUACACGAAAUAGUCCAAAUUGAUGAAGUGAAAUGCAAAAAAUUACUUGUUUCAAAAAAUUCGAAAAAAUUAAUAACGGAAAAGUGGUGCGUGCAUAUGUAUUCACCCCCUUUGCUAUGAAGCCCCUAAAUAAGAUCUGGUGCAACCAAUUAACUUCAGAAGUCACAUAAUUAGUUAAAUAAAGUCCACCUGUGUGCAAUCUAAGUGUCACAUGAUCUGUCACAUGAUCUCAGUAUAUCUCUUGGACCUGUUCUGAAUGGCCCCAGAGUCUGCAACACCACUAAGCAAGGGGCACCACCAAGCAAGCGGCACCAUGAAGACCAAGGAGCUCUCCAAACAGGUCAGGGACAAAGUUGUGGAGAAGUACAGAUCAGGGUUGGGUUAUAAAAAAAUAUAGGAAACUUUGAACAUCCCACGGAGCACCAUUAAAUCCAUUAUUAAAAAAUGGAAAGAAUAUGGCACCACAACAAAUCUGCCAAGAGAGGGCCGCCCACCAAAACUCACGGAUCAGGCAAGGAGGGCAUUAAUCAGAGAGGCAACAAAGAGACCAAAGAUAACCCUGAAGGAGCUGCAAAGCUCCACAGCGGAGAUUGGAGUAUCUGUCCAUAGGACCACUUUAAGCUGUACACCAGCGGAACCCAUCCAACUUGAAGGAGCUGGAGCAGUUUUGCCUUGAAGAAUGGGCAAAAAUCCCAGUGUCUAGAUGUGCCAAGCUUAUAGAGACAUACCACAAGAUAGUUUGGGGGGGGGGGGGGUUGAAUAGUUAUGCACGCUCAAGUUUUCAGUUUUUUUGUCUUAUUUCUUGUUUGUUUCACAAUAAAAUAUAUUUUGCAUCUUCAAAGUGGUAGGCAUGAGGUGUAAAUCAAAUGAUACAAACCCCCCAAAAAUCAAUUUUAAUUCCAGGUUGUAAAGCAACAAAAUAGGAAAAAUGCCAAGGGGGGUGAAUACAUUCGCAAGCCACUGUAAGAACAUACUGUAGUUGAUUAGCCCUGUCAUAGGCCUUCUAAGGAUAGCCUUUCCACUCCCUAUUUAAUUUUGCUCUUGGGACUGACUGGGAUCAAAACAUGUCUCCUGCAUGUCACAAGAUUACUGCGACUGUGAGACUUUGAAGUGUACAAUGAUAACCAAAGAUAACCCUGAAGGAGCUGCAAAGCUCCACAGCGGAGAUUGGAGUAUCUGUCCAUAGGACCACUUUAAGCCGUACACUCCACAGAGCUGGGCUUUACGGAAGAGUAGCCAGAAAAAAAGCCAUUGUUUAAAGAAAGAAAUAAGCAAACAUGUUUGGUGUUUGCCAAAAGUCAUGUGGGAGACUCCCCAAACAUAUGGAAGAAGGUACUCUGGUCAGAUUAGACUAAAAUUGAGCUUUUUGGCCAUCAAGGAAAAUGUCUGGCGCAAACCCAACACCUCUCAUCACCCCGAGAACACCAUCCCCACAGUGAAGCAUUGUGGUGGCAGCAUCGGCAGGGACUGGGAAACUGGUCAGAAUUGAAGGAAUGAUGGAUGCCGCUAAAUACAGGGAAAUUCUUGAGGGAAACCUGUUUCAGUCUUCCAGAUAUUUGAGACUGGGACGGAGGUUCACCUUCCAGCAGGACAAUGACCCUAAGCAUACUGCUAAAGCAACACUUGAGUGGUUUAAGGGGAAACAUUUAAAUGUCUUGGAAUGGCCUAGUCAAAGCCCAGACCUCAAUCCAAUUGAGAAUCUGUGGUAUGACUUAAAGAUUGCUGUACACCAGCGGAACCCAUCCAACUUGAAGGAGUUGGAGCAGUUUUGCCUUGAAGAAUGGGCAAAAAUCCCAGUGUCUAGAUGUGCCAAGCUUAUAGAGACAUACCACAAGAUAGUUUGGGGGGGGUGAAUAGUUAUGCAUGCUCAGGUUUUCUGUUUUUUUGUCUUAUUUCUUGUUUGUUUCACAAUAAAAACUAUUUUGCAUCUUCAAAGUGGUAGGCAUGUUGUGUAAAUCAAAUGAUACAAACCCCCCAAAAAUCCAUUUUAAUUCCAGGUUGUAAGGCAACAAAAUAGGAAAAAUGCCAAGGGGGGGGUGAAUACUUUCGCAAACUACUGUACAUGUUUCACAUUGCAAUACAUGUUCAUAUAAAGUAAUUGCCUUUUAACAAUGCAAUGCUCACAUUACUUUUGACAUGAUUAUCUUUUCUUUUGUUAAAAGACAUGUUACUAUUACUUAAUCCGACUGUUCUUAAUUGAUGAUCACUUAAACAUUUGGUAAACCUAUAGAUUGUACAUGUAAACUAGUUUGUCUGCUACAGAUUUUGAUAAUUACAUAAUCAAUCAAUCAAUCAAUUUUAUUUUAUAUAGCCCUUCGUACAUCAGCUAAUAUCUCGAAGUGCUGUACAGAAACCCAGCCUAAAACCCCAAACAGCUAGUAAUGCAGGUGUAGAAGCACGGUGGCUAGGAAAAACUCCCUAGAAAGGCCAAAACCUAGGAAGAAACCUAGAGAGGAACCAGGCUAUGAGGGGUGGCCAGUCCUCUUCUGGCUGUGCCGGGUGGAGAUUAUAACAGAACCAUGCCAAGAUGUUCAAAAAUGUUCAUAAGUGACAAGCAUGGUCAAAUAAUAAUCAGGAAUAAAUCUCAGUUGGCUUUUCAUAGCCGAUCAUUAAGAGUUGAAAACAGCAGGUCUGGGACAGGAAGGGGUUCCAUAACCGCAGGCAGAACAGUUGAAACUGGAAUAGCAGCAAGGCCAGGCGGACUGGGGACAGCAAGGAGUCACCACGGCCGGUAGUCCCGACGUAUGGUCCUAGGGCUCAGGUCUCUCAGUUGGCUUUUCAUAGCCGAUCAUUAAGAGUUGAAAACAGCAGGUCUGGGACAGGUAGGGGUUUCGUAACCGCAGGCAGAACAGUUGAAACUGGAAUAGCAGCAAGGCCAGGCGGACUGGGGACAGCAAGGUGUCAGCAUGUCCGGUAGUCCUGACGUAUGGUCCUAGGGCUCAGGUUCUCAGAGAGAAAGAGAGAACGAGAGAAUUAGAGAGAGCAUACUUAAAUUCACACAGGACACUGGAUAAGACAGGAGAAGUACUCCAGGUAUAACCAACUAACCCCAGCCCCCCGACACAUAAACUACUGCAGCAUAAAUACUGGAAGCUGAGACAGGAGCGGUCCGGAGACACUGUGGCCCCAUCCGAAGAAACCCCCGGACAGGGCCAAACAGGAAGGAUAUAACCCCACCCACUCUGCCAAAGCACAGCCCCCGCACCACUAGAGGGAUAUCCUCAACCACCAACUUACAAUCCUGAGACAAGGCCGAGUAUAGCCCACAGAGGUCUCCACCACAGCACAAACCAAGGAAAAAGUAUGUCUGUAAAGUAGAAACAUAAAAUAAUAUGAUAUAUACUCGAAUGUACUACUAUGAUGAUGACUAUUAUGAUUUUACUUCACAGUAAGUUUUUUAAAAAUCUGAUAGACAAGAUCAGAGAUGUACUGUGUGUAACAAAUCAAAGUUUAUUGGUCGCGUACACAGAUUAGCAAAUGUUACAGCAGGUGCAGUGAAAUGCUUGUGUUUCUAGCUCCUACAGUGCAGUAAUACAAUAUCAAUACAAUACCAAUACAUACAUAAUCCAGAAAGUCCAAAACAAGGAAGAAAUGCAUCCCCUAUACAAUAAACAUGUAUCCAAAAUGAAGUGUGCCAUGACAAAAGGUUUUUCCCCAGGUGCAUGAACAAUGAGGAUAUUUACUGCGAAUUCGAUGAGAACCUAUGGCCAAAUGCUCAAGACAGGCUUAAUGCAAACUAGUGCCUGCUAAAACUUAUGUUUCUUUCUUUCUUUCAUUUAUUUUAUUUGAUUAUAUUGUGAAAGAUGUCUUCAAUGAUCACACCUUUGAUCACACAUGGGAUAGAAAUUAUGGACAUUUGAUGUUCAGUCAAUUAUAAUGAGUAGUGCAAGUGUAUAGCCUAAUGUGAAAACAGUGUAAGGUACUGUAAUUUACAGUACUGUAGCAUACUACAUUCAAAGGACAAUUUUAAAACAUGUAUCUUACAAUUCACCACAUAAUAUAGUACCAAAAUAGUACCAAAGCGAUAAAAAAAAAACGGUAUUGUUUAUAUUAUAUUUCAAACCGCUGGUGUUAUUAACCUCUUCCCAGUCGUUUUCAUAUCUGAGAAUUGAUAGCUUCAUUAAUGGAUCUAAGUUUGCAUCUGGAUUACAAAUUUCAAUGCAACAUAAUGCGGUAUAUUCUAUUCUAAUAAGGCCUAGGGUGUCAAUAUGAGAUUACAACACUAGAUAAUACACUUUUAACCCAUGCAUUCGCAUGUUCUGGUACAAACAUCCCGACCUUCUAUUUAAACCUGUAGCUCAAAUGUUUUUUCUUCCAGGUCAAGAUCUGGUUCCAGAAUCGGCGUUCCAAAUUCAAGAAGUUGUACACGAACGGGGAAGUUCCACUGGACCACAGCCCUGGAGCCAGUGACUCCAUGUCCUGCAAUUCACCCCCAUCCCCUGAUAUUUGGGACAGUAGUGUACCCACAGACCCCACCACUAGAGAGCAGGCUCUCCAGCCCUCCCUCAGCUCCUCUCUAUGUUAUGUGGAGGACUACACUCAACACUGGUAUCAACAGACCUCACAGACACGCUCACAGCACUCAGGACUGGUUCUUCAGCACACAACACCACCAAAGAAUAUGGGGGCGGUGUACUAA